UGUACACCCUUCAUAUAUGCUCAGAUUCCCCUCUCCCCCUUUCCUCCCGUUCCAUCCAUCCCACUUUCUGCCACACCUCGAGCGAAGCAACAGCACCACAAGAAGAGGCCAGGGAGACCCAUCCCCCCUAUCCAUGGCCGACGAGUGGUGGAGUAGCACCUCUCACAGGAGCCAUGGCACGUCGGCGUGCUCGGCCGCGCGCGCGCCGCUCAUGGUCACGGACAGGGUGGCCUGUGGCUGGGCUACUACCUCCUCCCCCACCGCGGCCGCCGAGUCGACGAGCUCCAUAACCUUCCAGGACCCCUACAGGAGCUCCACGCAUCAGCCUAUGUCCGAUGCCGCCUCGUCGCUGGGCGAUCCACACGUGGACUGGACGCAAGCCUUCUUGAACGGGAGGAGUGAUACUAGCUUCCAAGCCGUGCUCCAAGACGACGACAUGGUUCGAGCUCAGCCGGCGGCCGGCGGCGAAGCCCCAGCGAUGAACAAUCCAUUAAUAAGGGACAUGGACUCCGGCUUCUUGGUCGACCAAGCGCAGCUAGCACCGUCGCCGUACGGCACGGCGCCAUCGCAAGCUAUAUUCAACAGCACGGCGGGGCACGGCAUCUCGGUGUACGGGGACAGCCAGUCCUCGAUCAGCUACGACGACGCGGCAUCGAUGCAGUUCUCUCAGCUGCUGAAGCCCUCGGUGCCGGCGUCGGCGCCGAUGCAAGGCGGCGGCGGCGCUCCGAUGCUGCAGUACUGCUUGUCCGGCGGUUACCUGCCUUUCGGUGGUCCGCUGCCGCCGUCGCAGCUUCUCUUGCAGGCCUUGCAGACGACGAAGCCCAGUAGCCGCAGCUCCAACGCUAACUCUCUGACUGUGAAGGACGCCAGCUCACCGGCGACGAGGAAAAGCGUCUCCGAGUCGGCUGCCGCCGUGAAAAGGCCGCGGAUCGAGGCGCCAUCGCCGCUGCCGACUUUUAAGGUGAGGAAAGAGAAGCUAGGGGACAGAAUCACUGCGCUCCAGCAACUAGUCUCGCCUUUUGGAAAGACUGAUACCGCAUCGGUUCUUCACGAGGCCAUCGAAUACAUCAAAUUCCUUCACGAUCAAGUUUCUUCACUGAGUUCUCCCUACUUGAAAAAUGUGAUCCCCUUGCAGCAAUUCCAGCAGAAGGGUUCCGAGAAAGCCAAGGAUAACGGUGAGACGAAGCAGGAUCUGCGCAGCCGGGGCCUGUGCCUUGUCCCGGUGGCAAGCACGUACACGGUGGCGGCCGAGACGGUGCCGGAGUUCUGGCACCCUACAUUUGGAGGCACAUUCCGGUAGAGAUACAGCUAGUGUAGCCUGCAUGCAUUGGUACAGGGGUGCACGUGCUAACAGCAACGUGUGCUUGUCCGUGAAUUACAAACAAAUUAAACGCACAGCUAGCAGAUUGUUGAAGCUAAAGCAAAGCAAAGUUGUUGUGUUUUUAUCAAACUAAGUUUUGUACAGAUGGUGAUCAACCAAUUUUAGUAGCAACCUAGCUUAGCUAUCCUGAGACGAAAAGCAAGGGGUUAUGAUAUCGCCCAAGUAACCGAAGGAUGUUUUGAAAGGGAAAAAUAGGCUGGCGGUCUUCUACGACAGCCUAAUGUAAGUACUCCCUUCGUUCCAAAUUACAAUUCGUUUUAACUUUUAUAGAUUCAUAGUUUUUUGCUAUGUAUAUAUCUAAAUGCAUAGCAAAAGCUACGUAUCUAAAAAAAUUCAAAACGAAUAUUAAUUUGGGACGGAGGGAGUAUAUAUAAAAUGCUAGCUCAGGUGCAAAAAGAGAAUAAUGAUGAAUUGAGGGCUUGUA